AUGGUUUUAGUGAAGAUGAAAACUGUUGCUGAGACAUUUCUUGGGUCCGCUGUUGAGAAGGCAGUUAUCACUGUUCCAGCUCAUUUCAAUGAUUCUCAACGACAAUCAACAAAGGAUGCUGCAAAAGUUGCUGGACUUGAAGUUUUGCGCAUGAUUAAUGAGCCAACUGCGGCUGCAAUUGCCUACUCUCUUGACAAGAGAGCUUGCGUGGAUGGUAAAAUGAAUGUAUUGGUUUUUGACCUUGGUGGGGGCACUUUUGAUGUUUCUCUUCUUACCAUUGAUGGAGGUGGACAAAUCAUGGUUAAAGCUACGGGUGGUGACACACAUUUGGGGGGUGGGGACUUUGAUAACAGAAUGGUAGAUCAUUUUGUCCAAGAAUUUAAGAGAAAGCACAAAGAGGACAUUAGGAGCAACCAAAGGGCUUUAUGUAGGUUGAGGGUUCAAUGUGAAAGGGCAAAGAGGAUAGUGUCAUCAUCUAUUCAGACUAUGAUUGACAUUGAUUGCUUGGCUAAUGGUAUUGAUUUUUCUGCAAAGUUUACUCGGGCAAAGUUUGAGGAGGUUAAUAUGGACUUGUUCAGGAAGUGCAUGGAACCUGUGGAAAUGUGUUUGAAGGAUGCGAAUAUGAACAAGGAUAGCAUUGAUGAAGUGGUUCUUGUUGGUGGAUCGACCAGGAUCCCCAAGGUACAACAGUUGUUGCAAAAGUUCUUUAAUGGAAAGCUACUUUCGCAGAAGAUCAAUCCUGAUGAGGCUGUUGCCCAUGGUGCUGGAUUUCUAGCUGCACACUUAAGUGACAUCGGUGAUGGAGCUGUGCAAGGAUUGGAGCUAAUUGAUGUUACACCUUUGUCACUUGGCGUGGCUUGUUGGGGGGAUAUUAUGGCAGUUUUGAUUCCUAGAAAUUCACCUAUUCCAACCAAGAAGGAAGAUACAUUCUGUACGGUUUAUGACAAUCAAACUUCUGUGAGUUUUCGUGUUUAUCAGGGUGAGAGAGAGAUAGCUUCCCAGAACUAUUGUUUGGGAAAACUUAAACUAUCUGGGAUUCCUGCUGCUCCAAGGGGGGAAGUUGAGAUGAAUGUAUGCUACGAGAUAGAUGCUGAUGGGAUCUUGAAUGUCUCUGCCAGAGAAAUAACCACGGGCGCAAACAACACAAUCAAGAUAACUGACAAUGGUAGUUUGUCCAAAGCGGAGAUUGAAAAGAUGAUUGAAGAUGCUGAACGAUAUAAGUUUGAGGAUGAAGCACACUUGAAGAAGGCAAUGGCUCAUAGAGCUCUAGAUCACUGUGUUUCGAAGUUAAGAACAAAAAUAAAGGAUUAUAAGGUAAGAUUAAGCCUUAGAAAGAUGUGGCUUAGUGUAAAAGACUUGGAAGACCUAGAGGACCAGAUCGAUGAAACAAUUGAGUGGCUUGAUUUGAACCCUGAUGCUGAAGAGUGUGAGUUGGAGGACAAGAAAGCAGAGCUUUACAAUAUUUGCACAGAGAAGAAGUUAAACCGUGCAGUAAAAGCUUCACUAAAUAAUUUAUUUGGUUGUCAGCAAGAGUUUUCUCACGGUUUAUGA